CGGAGAUGCCGGGGGUGCUCCCGAGCGACGGCAGCGCGCCGCCGCGGGGCAGCCCGUCCAGGAAGAACCGGCUAUCGCUGAAGCUUUUCCAGAAGAAAGAGGCGAAGAGAGCGCUGGAUUUCACCGAGCCGCCGGAGAAUGAGCCGAAGGGCGCGGAGCUCCGCGGCGCAGAGAUUGACCAGGUUGUUCCUGCAGCACAGCCUCCCUCACUUGUCAGCUGUGAGAAGAAGGACAACAUGUUGCCCUUUGUGGGCUUGAAUAAUCUUGGCAACACCUGUUACCUUAACAGCAUUCUUCAGGUAUUAUAUUUUUGUCCUGGUUUUAAAACGGGAGUCAAACAUUUAUAUAAUAUCAUUUCAAAGAAGAAAGAAUCGUUGAAGGAUGAAGGAGAGCUAAAAGCAGAAAAGGGAAAUUGUAAAGAAGAUCCACUGGCAAGUUAUGAACUGAUCUGCAGUUUGCACUCGUUGAUUCUUUCUGUUGAACAGCUUCAAGCCAGCUUUCUUUUAAACCCAGAGAAAUACACUGAUGAACUUGCUACUCAGCCACGAAGGCUGCUGAACACCCUUAGAGAGCUCAACCCUAUGUACGAAGGCUACUUGCAGCACGAUGCCCAGGAAGUUCUGCAGUGCAUCCUUGGUAAUAUUCAAGAAACGUGUCAGCUACUGAAGAAGGAAGAACUGAAUAAACUGCCCUUGGAAGAGCCCAAAGCUAAAGUGGAGGAAAAAAUCAAUCAAAAUUCCGAGAGCAAUGGAACUGGCCACUCUGCUGAGGAGGAGGAGAACACAGCAAGUAGCCACGGGGGAGAGGUGGCUGAAGAUAAGCUGCCCAAAGGAAAUGGGAAGAGAAAAAGCGAUGCUGAAGGUGGCAAUGCAAAGAAAAAGUCCAAAGUAUCGAAAGAACAAAUUGCAGCAGAAGAAAAUCAAAGACAAACCAGGUCAAAGAGGAAAGCAACGGGGGAAAAGCUAGAGAAUCAAAGUGAUGCCACUGCCAAGUGUUCCACUGAGAACGAGAGCGCAAAGCCAACACAGAAGAAGUCACGACUUAAAUUAAACUGGUUAAAAUCCUCGUGCAAACAGCCAAGUAUUCUGUCCAAAUUUUAUAGUCUGGGGAAGUUAACUACAAAUUUGGGAUCCAAAGACCCGGUGAAAGAGUACGAUGACUGUGAGCUUGAAGAGUCAUCUGCCAAGUGUGAAAAUGGUAACGAUGUUAAAGAAGGUGGUCACGAACCAACAUCUCCUGUGGAAAGCCAUAGUGAAAAAGGAACUGAAAAAGAACCAAAAAAGGAAGGUACAGAGUUGGCUGUUUUUGAACUAGUGGAGAAAUUGUUCCAGGGCCAGUUAGUACUGAGAACACGAUGCUUGGAGUGCGAGUGCUUUACUGAGAGAAGAGAGGACUUUCAGGACAUCAGUGUUCCGGUGCAAGAAGAUGAACUUUCUAAAAGUGAAGAAAGUUCUGAAAUUUCUCCAGAGCCAAAAACAGAAAUGAAGACUCUGAAGUGGGCAAUUUCACAGUUUGCAUCCGUGGAAAGGAUUGUGGGAGAGGACAAAUACUUCUGCGAGAACUGCCAUCAUUACACAGAAGCAGAGCGCAGCCUUUUAUUUGAUAAAAUGCCUGAAGUUAUAACAAUUCAUUUGAAGUGCUUUGCUGCUAGUGGCUUAGAGUUUGACUGCUACGGUGGACUGUCGAAGAUAAACACUCCCUUACUGACGCCGCUCAAACUGUCGCUGGAAGAAUGGAGCACGAAGCCAACCAAUGACACCUAUGGCUUAUUUGCAGUGGUGAUGCACAGUGGCAUUACAAUUAGCAGUGGACACUACACAGCUUCUGUCAAAAUCACAGAUCUCAACAGCCUCGAGUUAGACAAGGGAAACUUCAUCACCGCCCAAACGUGCGAAACGAUUAAACCAGAGCCACUGAAUGAGGAGGAAGCAAGAACUGUUGCUGAAGACUACGACAACGGUGAAGUCUCUUUUAGAGUCAAUGGCAAUGCGCAGCCAGGUAAAGUUCUGAACAAAAAGAACAUGGAAGCUGUCGGACUUCUUGGGGGACAGAAGAGCAAGUCUGACUGUGACCUGUACAACAGACCAGCAAACAGCGAGAAGGUUCUCAAUGUAGUUACUGAGAACAGAAAUCCCGAGUCCGCCCCUGCUAACGGAAGUGUGGAGUGCAGCACUGAGCACGGCCAUCAGAACGGGGUUGCUUUCAGUGGACUGGAAAACAAAGCUUUGUAUGUCCUGCAGAGCCUGAAAGAGUACGAGGGGAAAUGGUUGCUUUUCGAUGAUUCUGAAGUGAAAGUUACAGAGGAAAAGGACUUCCUGAAUUCUCUUUCUCCCACGUCAGCGUCUACAUCAACUCCUUACCUACUGUUUUAUAAGAAAAUUGUAGAGUGAUACUGUAUUUUGACUGUAAAUAUUAAGGACUCGCAUACACCUGGUGUCUGGUUUGCAUCAGAACUACUUGGAAGAAACAGAUGUUUGUCUUUGAAGCUACUGGAUCCUACAUUUCUGCUCUUUGCAUUGUGUAAGUGGCUCAACUUGAAUUCAUAAACCAUGACGUAGAACUUAACUCACCUAGUAACUUUUAUGCUGGAGAAUAGUGAUAUUACCUUUUAGAAAUACCAGUUUGUAUAGCUCCUAAAGGAUGCCUACAAUACACAGUAGUGGGGUUUUAACACAGCUCUAGUUCUCAGACAUGCCUUCUUGUAUUAUUAGCUUUUUUUUAAUAAAAGUUAUUUGUAUUCAUAUUCUGGACUAAAUGUAUAUUAACUAGCAAGUUUCAUCAGAAGUUGUGUAUUUUUGUAACUUGGGAAGUAAUACUUCAUAUAUAGUUCUUGAGUUAUCUAUGUGGUUUACUGACAAAAUGCUCCUUAGCCAAUUCUAAUACUGCUCUGUGCAUCUCCAAGCACAAGAAAAGAGUGUUCACGUUAAAAAAAGAGAACUGAACUUAACAGGAAUGUUUGAAUGGUCUAAUUUGCAUCUUGUUGCAUUGAUGUUAAAUGGGCAAAGUGUGUAAAUAGGUGUGAUUAAUAAUACUUCCAAACAGAGAGUGUGUAGUGUAAUUAAAAUACUUUUGUACUUCCUAAGAAGAAAGCCCUUUAAUAUGCAUAUCUGUUUGGGUGGAUUUGGAGUUUAGUGGUGAACAUAUAACAGUUAAUUUGUACUUAAAGCUCACUGGAAGGUGGGAAAGUGAAAACAUUUGGCUUGAUGCUUUGUUGAGAAUGUAUAUAUGAAAUAAAAGAAGAACAAUAUGGUCUGCAUUGGAGAUGAUUAGAUCAGACUUCUGUGUUGGGACAGGAAAGAGGGGACGUGGUUGGGCAUCAUUACCAAAAAAGGCUGGGAAAGUAUCUGUCUGAAUGAAAGAGAUGAUGAGGGAGUGCUUUAGAAAAGAGCAUGCCCUGCUGUUAUCUGGUUCUUGUAUAGCAUGCCCUGCUGGGAAGGGACCUGAUGACUAGAAGUAAGGCUUGGAGGCAAGGGGAAGAGAAGUAAGUUUACUGUGAAAAGAAAUGGCAUGUCUGACACAAGGUAGUAGAGAUGAAACAAUCCCAGGUCACAUAUUGCAUGCUACAAGGUUAAGCAGUAUCCUGUAAGUUGCAGAGAACUAAAAACUGUAUGGCAUGCAGUGUGCUGGUGUCACUGCUGCACUGUAUGGAAUGGCAUGAAGUGCUGCUGCAGGGACAGACAAGGGAGAUGCACAACGUGUGAGUAUGCCCUGGUUUUUAGGGUAUGUUUAAGCUUUUUCAAAUACAAGAUAACUAACUUACAAGGAAAGCCCUAGAACCCUGCACCUAGUUUAUUCUCCAGUGCCUUGUUCUUUGACAAUCUUUUAUUACACUGUAACAUAAACACUGAGAGAACUCAUGAAAGUCACAUUGGUGCAUCUGUUCUGAUAGACCUCUGCUUUUUGUACAGGUUUGAUUUAGAGUUAUGCAGCAAGGAAACUUGUGCUUCCAACAGAAAGCUGCAGUAAGGGCUGGACUCAACUCCUGCUGAACAGCUGUCUGGUAAUUACUGCAGAGAUGAAUUACAAAUGCCAUGAGACUCUGUAACCAUACCAAAUAAUUUCAUUGUCUAAAAUGAGUAUCCACAUUAAAGAGAAUAGCAAAAUAGAA